GAGCAGCAGAUCGUUUUGCCAAUCUUAUAGAGUCAGUCUUAGAUAAUAAGUCAUUAUAAUCGCUGCAUAAGUAACUACAUAAUGGUAUUCGUCAAAAGUCUGUUAGGAAUAGUCUUAUUACUUGUCACCAGCCAAGCCGUCCCUCUUCAGGAGAAAAUAGUGAAUAAUAAAAUAUUGGAAGAUUUCAAAGAGAAUCAAUUUCUUCUACAGCAGAAUGUUGUGCCUAUUCAUUACAAUGUAAAACUAAUACCUCAUAUUGAGAAUAAUUUUACUACUAAUGGUGAAACAAACAUCGAUGUUGAAGUGCGCGAAUCGACAAGUGCCAUCACGUUACACAUUGUAGAACUCAUAAUAGACGAAUCGCUGACAAAAAUAACUCGCAAAGAUGUAGAUAACGUGAAUUCUGAAUCAGAAUAUGUCCCAAAGCAGCAUGAAUAUAACUCUCUAACCCAAAUUUUGACGCUACGAUUUGAGGACUUACUAGAUCCUGGAAUCUAUACGCUGCAUUUUAUUUUCACGGGCAUGAUACGUUCGGAUGUUGAAUUACGCGGAUUAUAUAGAAGUUUUUAUAUUAACGACAAAGGAAACAAGAUAUGGUUAGCGGUAACACAUUUUCAACCAACCUUUGCGCGACAAGCCUUUCCGUGUUGGGAUGAGCCUGCCAUAAAAGCGACCUUCAAAUUUUCCAUCAAGCAUUAUCCUAAUUAUACAGCGUUAUCGAACAUGCCGUCCGUGCGAUCAGAAAUCGACGAAGUUGACAGAAAAUUAUGGACAUACUUCGAGACAACUCCUAUUAUAUCUACCAAUUUAUUAGGAUUUGUGAUUGCUGAUUAUGAUCAUAUCUCAAAUUCUAACGGUAAUGUUAAAAUAUGGGGUCCAAAACAUCUUCUUUCUCAUGCCGCACAUUCUCUUAAUAUUGCCAACAAAGCAAUGCAGGAACUCGAACAAUUCACCAAUAGCACCGUUCCUGUACCGAAAAUGGAUCAUGUUGCCAUUCCACAUUACAACAGUAGAGCCACUGAAAACUGGGGUAUGAUCAUUUAUAGCAAGCUAAGAUUUGACGAUUGGAUGUUUGUGCACGAUCUCCUGUCUCACGCGGAGAACCGCUGUAACGUUUCAAAUAUUAUACGUAACAAGCAGGCGUUUCGUCAGUCUUAUAGAGUCAGUCUUAUAAGUUCUUAUAACCGCUGCAUAAAUAACAACGUAAUGGCGAUUGUCAAAAGCCUGUUGGCAGCAGUCGUAUUAUUUCUCACCAUCCAAAGCGUUCUUCUUCAAGUUUAUAAUGAAACAGUAAAUAGUCAAGUAGUAAAAGAUUUUAACGAGAAUCAAUUUCGUCUACGGCACAAUGUUGUGCCUAUCCAUUACGACAUAAAACUAAUACCUCAUAUUGUGGAAAAUAAUUUUACUACUAAUUGCGAAACGGACAUCGAUAUCAAAGUGCGCGAAUCGACGAAUGCCAUCGAACUGCACGUUGUAAACCUCACAAUAGACGAAUCGCUGACGAAGCUAACUCGCAAAUGCGUAGAUGUAAAUUAUGAAUUGGAGUAUGUUCCAAAGCAGCAUGAAUAUAACUCUCUAACACAAAUUUUGACGCUACAAUUUGAGGAAUUAUUAAAUCCUGGAAUCUAUACGCUGCAUUUCACUUUCAUGGGCGUGAUAUAUUCAUACCAUGAUGUUGGGCAUAAGGUCCGACGCGGAUUGUAUAGAAGAUCUUACUAUAACGACAAAGGAAACAAGAUAUGGUUAGCGGUAACACAUUUUCAAACAGUCUAUGCACGGCAAGUAUUUCCGUGUUGGGAUGAACCUGCCAUAAAAGCGACCUUCAAAUUUUCCAUCAAGCACUAUCCUAAUUAUACAGCGUUAUCGAAUAUGCCAUCCAUGCGAUCGGAAAUUGACGAAGUUGAUGGAAAAUUAUGGACAUACUUCGAGACCACUCCUAUUAUGUCUACCUAUUUAUUAGGAUUCCUGAUCGCUGCAGAUUAUAAUUAUGUCUCAAAUUUGGACAGUAAUAUUAAAAUAUGGGGCCCAAAGCACCUUCUUUCUCGUGCCGCAUAUUCUCUUGACAUUGCCGAGAAAGCAACGCAGGAACUCGAAAAAUUCACCAAUAGUACAGUUCCUGUAUCGAAAAUGGAUCAUGUUGCUAUUCCACGUUACGACAGUAGAGCCACUGAAAACUGGGGUCUAAUCGUUUAUAAACAAGAUAUACUUCUUGGAGACAAGAGCUUGUAUUCAGUUGGUAACAAAUGGGACAUCAUGACAAUCACUCACGAAUUAGCGCACCAAUGGUUCGGAAAUUUAGUUAGUUCAAUUUGGUGGAAAUAUCUUUGGUUGAGCGAAGGCAUCUCGACAUAUUUAAAAUACUAUAUUACUGACAAGUUUCUCAAAGAAAAACGAUUGAUGGAUUAUAUUGUAGUGGUUGAUGAACAACAAAUGCUGUAUACAGAUUCAGUUUUAUCUACUCCAAUUCAUAUAAAUAUAACUGGUCAUCUAGAUGUUUUUAAUGCAUAUUCUGACAGAACCUACAGAAAAUCUGCUUUUCUCCUACGGAUGAUAUCGCAUUUCUUGAGGGAAGAUGUGUUUCGAAAUGGCUUAAUAAAAUACCUUCAAGCACAUGAAUACAGCAGUGCUACACCAGACGAUUUAUGGAAAGCAUUACAAGAGGCUCUCGAUGAAUCAGAUGUACCGCAUAACGAUUUUCAAGUAAAGGACGUAAUGGACACUUGGUUUGAACAGGCGUGGUAUCCUCUCGUUACAGUUCAUCGAGAUUAUGCUACAGACGAAAUUAAGCUGACGCAAGAAAUAUUUAUAAACCCUAAAAACAAUUUUAACUAUAGAGGAAACAAGGAGGAGGCAUGGUGGAUACCUAUAAAUUUUGCAACGCAAAGCAACUUAGACUUCUCGUCUACGUUAGCCACCCAUUGGCUGAAACCGCAUGACAAGGAUAUAACAAUCGAAGGAGUAAACAUUAACGACUGGAUUAUUGUAAAUAAACACCUGACAGGAUUUUAUCGAGUAAAUUACGAUAUAACCAAUUGGAGAAAAAUCGCUGCUUUUCUUAAUUCUGACAACUACGACAAGAUCCCAGUUCUGAAUCGUGUACAAAUUCUUGACGACGCUUACAAUAUGAUAGAAACUGAACGGCUUGACACAACUAUAUAUGUUGAAAUUAUAAAUUAUUUGUCACGCGAAACUGACCCUGCACCAUGGUUGAGAGCUCUUAAUAACGUUAAAAAAUUAAAGGAUUACUUACGAUUACCCAAAGGAGAAGAAAUCCUUAAGCCAUAUUUAUCGAAUUUGAUGCGUCAACUAUUUGAACUUAUCGACUUUGAAGAGAAUCCUGAUGAUGAUUUUUUUAUUCAAAAUCUCAGAAUGUAUGUGUACGAAUAUGAAUGUGUAUAUGGUCUUUCGGAUUGUCAAGCUAAAAUUACUCCUAAAUUACUUGAAUAUGUGGAAGACCCAAUCUCAAAUAGUAUACCAUUAUUCCAGCGAGAAAAGCUAUAUUGCUUUGGUCUCAUAAAAGCAAAUGAAUCUCUUUGGGAUCAGUUCUUACAAACACAUCAAAGAACAUCGAAACCUCAUAAACAAUUUCUUGGUUGUUCAGAAAAUUUGAACAUUCUUGAAAAGCAUUUAAAUUCUUUUUCCGAAGAUACAGAAAGAUAUGAUAAUCUCUUCAAUAAUAUGUUCUCAAUUUUUCCAACUACUGAUGUAGCGAUUAAAUUUUUUAUUAAUAACCACGAGAAUAUCCAUGAAUCACUAAUUCUUAAGAGAAUCAUUUACAAUAGUUUCAGGGAAGAGGAACUUGACAAGAUAAAAGCAUUUGCUGAACAACAUGCAAUCAAUAUACAAACGGAUUUAAAUUUCAGAAAAGCAACUUUAGACGAAAUGAAUAACAAUUUGUCGAAAUUUCUUAGCGCUUUAGAAAAUGGACAGUUAAUCAACAUAUUCAGCAAUGAUACAUCAUAAUUAAAUAUACUUAAGUAAAAGUCUCAAAAUUUAAACAAUUAAAAAUAAAUGCAAAGGCUAAUGAGAGUCAGCGCAUAACAAAACAUUAUUUUUACAAACUUGUAUUUAAUAAACAAAAAAUUUUUAUGUAUUUUUGAUGUUUUGUUGUGCGCAUUGUUAACCGCGUUGAUUGUCAUUAGUCUUUGCAUUUAUUUUUAAUCAUAAUCAAAUUUAAUUCAAAUUUAAUAAAAUAAAUAAAUAUACAAAUUGUAAAUAU